UUUACCUUUCCUGUCAUCAACAACGGCCGUCAUUGUAAGGUGAAAAAGUUUACCGAAUUUUCUACUAAAUAGACGACACAGAAAGAUGGCACAAAGGAAUCCUCAAGGGAUAAAUGAGGCAAACCAGAUAUUUGAAGACGUUAUGAAGAAGAUAGAAGCGGAUGCUAAUGAGGAAACUGAUGCUUUCAGUCAGUACAUCAGGUCUUUAAUAAAAGAUCCAAAGUCCAAGAAGACCAAAGUGGGAGUGAUUGGUCGAACAGGUGUUGGGAAGAGCUACCUGAUAAACACCAUCCUGGGAGAGAAAGUGCUGCCCUCAGGAUCAGAAUUAGCCUGCACCUCUGUGAUCAUUCAAGUGGAGGCCAACGACCCACAAAAGACCGACUUCACUGCAGAGAUCAAGUUAAUCUCAAAACAGGACUGGGAACACGAGUUGGAGAUCUUGCGACUAAUCCUAGAUAAGGGCACCCAUGAAUACGAAGAGUCAGACGUGAAAAGUGCACGUGAUAAAAUCAAAGCUGUUUAUGGUCAAGAUGGAGUAAACAAAACAUUGGAGCAACUAAAGUCUGUGGUCAUCCCAGAUUUGGUAGACAAAACUGAGAUUUGUCCAACAGCCGAAGAGCUGGAGAGAGCAAUCCGCCGCUAUGUAAAAUCAGGGGAGGCAGAUUCCACACAACUGUUCUACUGGCCUCUAGUGAAGUCUGUGACUAUCAAGGUUCCCGGCCACAAUGACAUCCUAGAAAACCUGGUGUUGAUUGAUCUCCCAGGAACAGGAGACAUCAAUAAAAGCAGACGAGAGAUGGGGAAAAACUACCUGAGAGAGUGCUCCACAAUAUGGAUCCUCAGUGAUAUCAAUCGAGCUGCCUCUGAUCAGAGUUCCUGGGAAAUCCUUUCAUUCCACCUCAAAGACAUGGCACAUGGUGGUGAAUGCAGCAACAUCUGUUACAUCUGCACAAAGACUGAUGCAGACAUGGAUGCAGAAGAUGCAAAUAAUUACAUGAGUAACAAUGAUCUGACAGAAGGAGACCUGGGAAUUACCCAAGAACAGCUCACAGAGAACACAGAGAAGAUCAAAAUUCGUAAAUGCAUAGUGCACAGGAAUGAGCAGUCCAAGAAACGAAUAGAAAAUGCAUAUCGUGAACAGAUACAGGGUCACUUCAGCCAUGUGGACUUUAAGGUUUUCACAGUCAGUUCAAAGGAAUUCCAGAAAAAGGAUAAUAAUCCGGUGUUACUUGAAGAAGAUACAGAAAUCCCAGCUCUGAGGAGACUGCUAAGAAAUCUCAAUGUCCGCUUCUCCAAGAAGAUAGAGGACGAGUACAUCAAGGAAGUUGAGGGGGUUCUGUCCUUGAUCCAAGGGUCAAAGUGUGACAGAUCCAUUAAUUUUGAGAUUGCUAAGGAAAGACGUCAGGCUUACAGGACAUUGAACGAAGAACUAACAGAAGCCCUGACUGACUUGUGUCAAUCUCUGAGAGAGAAGUACAAUGCUCUGGACCAGUGCCUCUCUAAGUUUGCAGAAAAGUCUAUGACGGUCUCCCCAAGAGAAGCAGAGAAAAAAGUGAUAAAACCAGACAUACCAACAUUCCAGGGUUACCACAAAACUCUGAAAGCUUUGUGUGUGAAAGGAGGAGUUACAGUUUCAAAGGACACUGGAAAAGUCACAGAUCUUAAUGGUGUGCUUGUUUCGCACAUGAAAGAAAACAUGGACAGAACAUUUCAUAAUCUGUUUGACAGGAGGAGCUCAAGACAAACUCAGUCUGUGCCAGCCAUGCUUCAGAAAUUUGACCCCAUCAGUGAUGUUAUGGAUGACUUCAGUCCUCAUGUAAAACUCAUUCUAAUCUUCAUCAAGACUCAGCUGAAUAAACGAAAGACAGCACUGGAAGUAAACAUUCUUUUAAGGAAAAAAGGAAUCUACAAUUGUCUCAAAGACAACAUAGAGUCUGCUAUGCUCCCAGUGUACGAGGAUGCAGCAUCUGAAUCUGGAGAAGGAGCCUUCAGGAGAAUGCAGGAUAUGCUGAGAGCAGGCAUAGAGGAAAAUAAGGCCAUCAUGUACAAAGGAGCCACGCUGAAAAUGCUGGAGAAGUUUGAUCACAUGACGAAUCAUAUCGAGAAAACACUGAGAGAAUUACAGGACAUUGUUGCUGAUGCACUUAGUCUGAGGUUCAUCUUGCCUCUCCCUGAUAUCACUGAGGAGGUGAAAAGGAUGAAAAGAGUUGUAAGAGUGGAUGAUGGUAUCUUCCUAAAGGAGAGUCCAGCAGCAGCAGCAGCCUCUGCUAGCAGCUCCCACUCAGAUGCUGCAGAUCUGCACCUCAGAGACAAGGUCCAGCAGGACCCAGGAGCACAGCUGCUCUCUCUGGACACACACACGGAGGAUCACCACAUUGAUGCCCCACAGAGGAGCUGUGAAUCCUGUGCUGAAGUUCCAGACUCCAGCCACUGGGACCUGGUGAAGCCUGAAGUCUCCACAGAGGAGAGCGUCUCCACCUACAGCCUGCGCUCUGAUAAAGGGAGCUAUGAGUGCCCAGAGUCUGGUCUGCGCUGGACAUGUGCUGGUCCAGUCACCCUGCAGUACCGCUCCAUAGACUGGCAUGUCUUGGCUGAUGAGCUGGUCCACUUGCAGUUAAGACCAGCUGGUCCUCUGAUGGACAUCAGGCUCAUGUCAGGAGAGCUGGAGGAGAUCCAUCUGCCACAUUUCCUCUGUUUGGGGAGUUCUGAGGCGUCUGAGGUGUGUGAUGCUGUGAGGGUCCUGCAUAAGCGGGAGAGUGGAGUGUGUGUGGAGGUGUGUGAGCUGACCAGACACCAUGCCAGGCUUGUCCACCCUUCCUUCUCUUGGUUAGGGGUGGUGUUGUAUCCCCUGAAACAGCUUUUUUCCAAAAUCCAUUGGGGGCUGCUGCUUGUCUGUAACUGCGCCCCCACCUGCUCCCCCACCUGCUCCCUGGUCUUCCAUGCAAGCAAUAUCGAGGAGAGACCAGAGGGUGCUGUGCGCUCACUCCUGCACUACCGCGACAGAACCGGCAUCAAUUCCCUGGAACUCCAGGAGGAGGCGCUAGAGAGUGUGAGGAUCGACCCACCCGGCGCUGUAGGCAGGAGCCCAGCACAAGGCAGAAGCCAGGACAAUGUUCUUGGUUCUGCAGAGGAGCCAGCUGCUGCAGGACCAAGUGAGGAGCCUGGUGGACAUGCUAACCCUGCUGACCCUGCUGGAAGUACUUCUUCUCUUCUCUCCUCAUCUCUCGCAGAUUGUUUAGAUUUAAAAUGACUUGUUUAAGAUAUAAAGUGUUGUGUGUUUUAAAUGAAAUGUGCUUUGAACAGGUAUAAGAAUACUGAUAACACACAACUGUAGGCCAGUCAGGAGUCAGAAAGAAGCCACCAAACAGAAGAACAGGAAGUAGAGAACCAUUCGCUCUUGGCAGGAUGUGAUGCGCUUGUGCUAGGAUGUACAGCCCACUGGAGAAUUAUAAAAAGAGAACGGCCUCCCUUCAACUGUCUCUUCCCUCCUCUUCUCUCUUCUUCUCUUCUCUCGCAGAUUGAGAGCCAGAGGGCUUUUUAUUCUAUUUUGUAUUGUACUCAAUAAACUCAGAACCCUAACCUUUGGUUCGGGGUUUUGUUAAAAGACCA